GCCUUGGCUGAGGCAGUGAGGCUGCUCGGCUGGAGGAGACGCUGAGCUCAGGACAUGAUGCGCUCAGGAGGAACGAGGCGGCGGGAUGAGGUGAUGUGAGGAGCGCUGCAGUGCUUUCACCACAGGCACCAUCUCAUCGAGCCUCUGCCACUUUACAGAGCGCUCACACGCUGAUGGGAGCCAGUCCGAGGAAUUACGCGCUCGGAGACGCAUUUCUAACGGCUCAGUUCUUCUGCUCGUUUUCAAACUUUGUCGCUGAGGCUGAGGUUUAGAUGGAUGCAGGAGACAGCCACUUCGCCUGACUGUAUCAACAUGUAGCAUGGGUCUGUUUUGCCCUCCCUAUAAAGGCAUGAUGUCUUCAGGGAAGAUGUGGUGAGAUGGAUAAUGAUUCAUAGUCGUCGCGAGAACAGUCCCCUCUCGUUAUCAUGAACGAUAAACCCAAUAAACUGGUGUUCAUCCCGGUCUUGGCUGUCCUUUUCGUGAUGAUAGGCUAUCAGUACAUCUGUCCAGCGGGCAGCCAGUCGUGCCAUCUGCGGAACGGCGGCGAGCCGAGCGCGCGACACGCGGCUGUAACGGACGAGGCGGCGCACGUGGAGCGCGAGCUGGCGCACGACGCAGCGUCCAAGUACAACUUCAGCGAGCGCGAGCUGGCGCGCCGAGUCGACUUCGACAUGAAGGGGGACGACGUGCUUGUGUUCCUGCACAUCCAGAAGACCGGAGGCACCACAUUCGGGCGCCACUUGGUGCGCAACAUGCGCCUGGAGCGACCAUGCGACUGCCAGACGGGCCAGAAGAAGUGCGCGUGCCGGCGUCCGGGCCGUGACGAGUCGUGGCUCUUUUCGCGCUUCUCCACGGGCUGGAGCUGCGGCCUGCACGCCGACUGGACCGAGCUCACUAACUGCGUGCCAGCUGUGAUGGACAAGAAGCGCGCUCCGAAGCGGAAAAAGAACUUCUAUUACAUCACCAUGCUGCGGGACCCGGUGUCGCGCUAUCUGAGUGAGUGGAAGCAUGUGCAGCGCGGUGCCACUUGGAAAACAUCGCUCCACAUGUGCGAUGGCCGUGCCCCCACCCAGGCCGAGCUACCUUCCUGUUACAGCGGCGAUGACUGGUCAGGUGUGACGCUGGGAGAAUUUAUGGCAUGCCCACACAACCUUGCUAACAACCGGCAGGUGCGCAUGCUGGCUGACCUGAGCCUGGUCGGAUGCUACAAUCUCUCAUCCAUGGGUGAACGUGAGCGUGGUGCUAUCUUGCUCGCCAGCGCCAUGAGCAAUCUGAAAAACAUGGCCUUCUAUGGCCUGACCGAGUUCCAGCGUAAGACACAGUACCUGUUUGAGCGCACUUUUCGGUUGCACUUCAUUGCAGCAUUUACACAGCUCAACAGUACACGCGCUGCUGGUGUGGAAUUGCAGCAAGAUGUGCGCCACCGCAUCGAGCGCCUCAACUUCCUGGAUGUGCAACUCUACAAGUUUGCCAAGGAGCUAUUCCUGCAGCGUGUGCAGUUUGCACGCCAGCAGGAGAGGCAGGAGCGGCGCUGGCAACACGAGCAGAAGGACCACCAGAGUAAAAGGCAGUCAGAAGAAAACCAGUCGCAGCCUGCCACCACAGAGGACUACACCAGCCAGGUGGCACGCUGGUGAUGCUCCUUACAAAAAGGCACACUCGCAGCACUGAGCCAAGAUGUAGAUGGGUUGGCCAUAUUUUCAGCUCUUAUUCAUUCUUCUCUCUCCUUUUUUGUUUGAGAUGCAGUUAUAAGUCAGCACACUGGGAAAUGUUUCAUUAGAUGGUCAAGUCUGAUAAUCUGAAACAUGAACAUGAAUGUGAAACAAUGAAUAUUUGAAAUGCAACCCGAGUAGACUGCAACAUGGGUAAAGAACAGGUUCUGCCCUUAAAAUGUUCUUAAACAGCCUAGCAUCACAAAUUACCAGACACAUUAGCAAAAAUGCUAAACUGGCUAAUGAUAAAUAAAAGCUAUGGAGAAUCAGUUCCACUACUUUUGGUUGUUUUUUCAGUAGCAUCAGCGUUUUUGUGUUCUUUUCCAUUGAAGCACACUGGAACACCAUCUGACUCUUUGGUGUCUCUGUAUGUGGCUUUAUGGGAAGGUCUCACUGAACAUGAGUCUAUAUUUCCAUUCUCGAUAAGCGAUCAGUGAUGUGACAUGUUAAGGAUACACACUACUGUAAGCAGGAGCCCCAAUUUAUUAAUAUGAAUUUUUUUUUAAUGUUUUAAAAAGCAAUAAAAAUAUCAUUCAAAAAAACAUUUAUUUCAUUCAUUAAAAAAAAAAAAGCUUCUGUGCAAGAUAAAGAAAAGCGUAGCAUAUCAAAAAUCAUUUGGCAAACUAAACAAAAAGGCUGUACAGUUAACUGCAGAAUUAUUGGCACCCUUCAAGAGAAUGGACAGAAUGAUUAUAUAAACCGAACACAACGAUUCAAACUUUCCACUCAAGAGAAACUACUUUCUGUUCCUCUAAGAAAAAUAAUCCUCAAAGAACUUCUUUUUUUUCAGAUAACAAUAUGUUCUUUCAAAAAUAUAUGUGGGAAUUUAUUGUCACCCCUGAAUAUUUGAAAUAAAUGCAAGAAAUAAUCUGCAUUUUUUGGAAGAAAAAAAAGCCAUCAAACCUAAAAAGCUUUCAGUACAAAAGAGACAGAUUGUUGUUUACCUGCACAAGUAUGUGAAUAAGUGUGUGAAUAUAUAAUGAAUAUAAAAAGACAAAUGCAGUUAAAUUACCAGUUGAAGAUUUGCCAUGAAUUAGCACUUUGAGCAUACAAACCUUCCAUUCAUCUCCCCCCACCCACCCCAAAGAUCACAAUAUCUGAGUUGCACAUUUUAACUACAUCUUGGGGUCAUUAUGUUUUAAAACCGAUUAAUAGUUGUGGACUAGUUGCAAGAAAGAAGCUCUUCCUGAGAACAAACGACAAAAUGCAGCUCAUUGGAACUACAGCUGUAUCUUGUGGUCAGAUGAGACAAAAAAAAAAAAUUUUGGUCACGCACACUAUCAGCAUAUUUGGCAGAAAAACACCUGACUGCAUAUAAAGAAGAGCUUAUACUUUCUGUAAAAAUCUGCUUGUGUAUCACUGGCGAUUUGGGAUGUUGUGAACAGGUGCUCUUGUAAAGAUUAAUGACUUCCUGAGUCCUUCUACUAAGUAGCAGGAUGCAUUAAAACCAAGACCUGCUUGCUUCUGCCAGGACAUGGACAUAGAUGGAUCUUUUCUCAAACAUUCAUCCAAAUUAACACAGAAUUGGUUUCAGAAGGGGAAAAAAACAGUGUUUUGCAAAGUUCGAAAGUCUUUGGAUUUAAUCCCUACUGAAACUCUGUGGUCUUAAUUAAAGAGGGCAUCUAUAUGCAUAAAUCUAUAUAUAUAGAGGAGAUUCUGCAUGCAGGACUGUUCCGAGAUCUCAUACAUGUAUCUCCAACCUUUUUACACAUUAGGGAAAUUGGAUCUUUGCUUUUAUUUUCUCCGGGGGUUCAUCAUUAAUUCAUCAUUAAUUUUAGGGGUGUUGAUAAUUUCCAAAUGAGUGUUAUCCAGAAUAAAAAUGCACUGUGUCAGACACCCAUGGAUGUUUGAAAAAAUAUUGUUGUUUGAAAACAAUAAAAAAAUAAAACUGGCUACUAAUAUGGUAUUCAUUUUCUGAUAGCAGUGAGCUAGGAUGCUUAUGGAUGCAUCAUAGUAUCAAAGAUGGUAAUGUCUUUUGGGUACAACAAGACGAGUAAAAACUAUUCAAACAACUUUCUGUCACAGACCCCAUAAAAAUGAAAACAUCAUUCAUGAUUGUUCUAGAUUCAGGAUUAUUUGGAAUGUGAAGUCAGUCUUAGAAGAUGUCUUUUUCUCAGCUGAAAUGGAAUAAUGUGCUUUUGAGUUCUGUUCACAAGACGCUAAAUUAACUGUACACAACAAGAGACACCUAAGCAUGGAUUCUUGCAUAUAUUUAGAGAAUUUAAGCCCCAAACUUCCUUGUAUAUUUACUUUAAUUAUACACUGUAAUUUUACUUUGAACAAAAGCUGAGAAUCUGAAUGAGCUAUAAUAAGGAAUGGAAAGUACUUGUUGAAAGAGCAGCUUUCUCCCACCUCCUCCUGUCUGUCACUUCCUGAUUUUACAGAUUUACAGAGAGCAUGGAGAAGACUCAGAGCGAACUCUCAGUGUUAGAAAGAUACCAGUCAUACAGUCACAUACAGAACAAGAUCACACCCUAGUUUUAAGCUCUGCAUUCACUAACAGAAGUGUACAUUUACACUUUCACUGUAAUGGGAUUCAUUUUUAUAAAACCUCCCCGAACAAGGCAAAACUCAACAGCAGUGAAGCCUGUUGUAAAUGAAUUGUGUGCUGCUGUUUUGUGUUUGUGUAUUUUGUUUACAUUGCCUGCAUUGUAUGAGGCUAACAGCCUGCUAUAUGUGCAAAUGAAGAUACAUACAAGAUGUCUGUUAGCAUGUGUGAGUGUGUAUGGAUGUAUAUAUAAGACAGAGUGAGUGGGAACAUAAUGAAAUAUUUGCCAUCGGUGUUGUGUAUUUGAAUUGUUUUGGUCACUGAAGUGCAAUACACUUUAAAGGGAACAAUCUCAUAUAGAAAUUGCAAAUAUUUUGGAAAUAUCACGCCAUAAUUUGGCGGCGAUAUUCAAAACCUCAAAAAUUAAAAUGAUAUUCUAAAGAGAUACAGAUAUAGAAUUCAUUAUUUAUAUAUAACUGCCUUUUUGGUGGUCGUGUUGGUGAUGAGGAGGGAAGAGGUGUGCGUUGAAAUUAAACUUGAACUGCAUCACCAAAAAACUUUAGUAUUUUCCCCCCACUGACUUCUAUUUUCUGCUUCUUCUGGGUGGCACUCGUCCAGCAUGUGAGAGUUGAAGACCAAGUGCUGGGCUAUGUGGCACAGCUCCCAUUUGUGAGUCACUGAAUUGCAGACAACAUAAAGCUUAAAAAGAGCCAGACAGAAUCGCGGAGGACUGAAUUGGAAUGAAGGAACAAAUAAAAGUUAAAUGAAACAACCAUCUCCAUAUUUUAGACUCUCUGGCCAUGACAUUUGAUGCCAAAUGCCGCCCUUUACCACUGUUUUCUUCUUCACACUGUUGUUGAGUAUUUACCAAAUUGUUAAUGGCUAUACAAGUAGUAGAUUACGAGAUUUUUUUAUUUACUCACUUAUUAAAACAGUACUUUAACAACAAAUUACUGGCUAAAGCAGAAAUAAUGAAUUAACUUUUCACUACCAGUAAAAGAGACAUCAAUUCAUUAUUUGUUCACAAAUUAUGACAACUACAGCAUUUACAUUUACAGUAUUAUUUAUUUCUUUCAUUUCUUAUUAUCUUUAUUUAAUUCCUGUAGUGU